AUGGCGACCGUCGCCUUGGUUUUUUGCGCGGCGUCGCUGGCGCUGGAGCUCGGCUGGCGCGCGGCCGUCGUCGGCACGGGCGUCUGCGUGUCGUCGGCGGCGGCGCAGAUGUUCCUCGGCAAGCGCUUCAAGCGGCUUCGCGCGCAGACGGCCACGGCGACGGACGCGCGGAUCCGGCUCACGUCCGAGGCCGUCGGCGGGGCAAGAACGCUGAAAAGCUUCGCGUGGCAGCGGCCCUUCGUCGACGCCAUCGGCGCGCUGCGGGCGGCCGAGACGGCCAUCAUCUUCAAGGCCCAGAGGCUCAAGGCCUUCGCCGCGGGCGUCUACUUCGCGACGACGCCCCUCGCGGCGUUCGCGGCGUUCGCCGUCUUCGUCUACGAGGAGUCCAACAAGGAUGCGCCCCUGUCCGUGGGCAAGGUCUCGACGGUCAUCGCCAUCGUCACGAUCCUGCGGACCUACUGCUUCAUGCUCGGCCGCUUCGCCAUGGCCUGGCCCGAGGUCGUCGUCGCCUGCCAACGCAUGGGCGCGUUCCUGCGGCUGAGCCGCGGCGGCGGCGACGCCGCGCCGCCCGCGCCGCCGGGCGACGAGGUCUUCGCGCUCGAAGGCGCGGCGUUCCAGCGCCGCGGCGCCGCGGCGACGGCGCUCCGCGACGUUUCGGUGACGCUGCGCCGCGGCGAGGUGCUCAUGGUCGUCGGCGCCGUCGGCAGCGGCAAGAGCACGUUCCUCGACGCGCUGCUCGGCGAGCUCGAGCUCGCGUCGGGCACGAUGACCAGGGCCGCGGGCCGCGUCGCCUACGCGCCGCAGGCCGCCUGGAACGUCGCGGGGACGGUGCGGGAGAACGUCGUCCUCGGCGCGCCGCGCGGCGCGCCCUUCGACGAGGGAGCCUACAAGGCGGCCGUCGAGGCCGCCGCUUUGUCCGACGACGUCGCCGAGUGGCCCGAGGGCGCGGACACGGAGAUCGGCGAGCGCGGCAUCUCGCUCAGCGGCGGCCAGGCGGCGCGGCUCGCGCUCGCGCGCGUCUGCUACGCCUGCGCGCUCGCCGAGAGCUCGGACCCGCCGGCCGUCGCGCUCCUCGACGACCCGCUCUCGGCCGUGGACUCCGGCGUCGCGCGCCAGCUCGUGCGCCGCUGCGUCGGCGACCGGCUCAAGGGCUGCGCCGUCGUGCUCUGCACGCACCAGCUCCAGUUCCUCGCCGCCGCGACCAAGGUCCUGGUCCUCGACGACGACGGCACGGCGCUCGCCUGCGCGCCCCUCGCGGAGAUCGUCGCGCGAGGCGGCCGCGCGGCGGCGCUCGUCGCCGUCGACGGCGCCGAGGACGUCGACGCGGCCGGCGCGACGCGCGCGCGCGCCGCGUCCGUGUCCGCCGACGCCGCCGGCGGCGACGACGGCAGGCGCGCGCUCGUGGCGAAGGAGGACCGGCGGACGGGCGCGGUGCAGGCGCGGACCUGGCGCCGCUUCCUGCUCGGCGGCGGCGCGGCGCUCUUCGCCGUCGUCGUCGCCCUCUUCCUCGCGGCCCAGGUGCUCAUGUUCUGGGCGGAUCUCUACGUGCUCCGGUGGUCGCGGCGCGAGGACGGCCAGAAGCGCCGGCGCCACCUCGUCUGGUACGGCGCGCUCUCGGGAUCGACGGUCGUCCUCGGCGUGGCUCGCGCCGUCCUUUUCUUCGCGCUGACGCUGCGGUCGUCGACGCGGCUCCACGCGGACGCGCUGACGAAGGUGCUCGACAUGAAGCUCGCCUGGUUCGACAUGAACCCGCUGGGGCGCGUGCUCAACCGGUUCUCGAGCGACCUGGCGCAGGUCGACGAGCUGCUGUCGACGGGGCUGUUGGACUUUGGCAUGCUCGUGCUGAUCAUGCUGUCCGUCGUCGUCGCGUGCCUGAUCGCGCUGCCCUACCUGGCCCUGCUCCUCCCGGUGCUCGCCGUCGUCACGCGGCGCGCGUCACGCGAGUGCUCCGUGUCGAUGAAGGAGCUCAAGCGCCUCGACGGGCAGUCGCGGAGCCCCGUGCUGUCGGCGUUCACGGCGUCGCUCGACGGCCUCGCGGCCGUGCGCGCCUUCGGCAUCCAGCGGGCGCAGCAGGCGCGCCUCGUCGAGGCGCUCGAGCUCAACUCGCGGGCCUACUUUUGGUGGUUCGUCACGAAUCGCCGCUUCGGCUUCGUGCUCGACGCGAUCUGCACGGCGUUCCUCGCCGCCGUCGUCGCCCUGGCGGUGGCGCUCGCGGGCGCCGUGGCGCCCGAGCUCCCGGCGCUCGCGCUCGUCUACUCGCUGCAGCUCUGCGGCAACUUCCAGUACACGCUGCGCCUCUUCGCCAUGGCGGAGAACUUCAUGACGAGCGUCGAGCGGCUGCUGGCCUACGGCGGCCUCGAGACGGAGCGCGCGCUCGAGCCGGCGGCGCCCGCGGCGGUGCCGGACGACUGGCCCGCGCGGGGCGCCGUCGCCUUCGAGGACGUGUCCUACCGCUACCGCGCGGACCACCCGCGCGUCCUAUCGGGCGUCACGCUCGCGGUGCCCGCGGGCGCGAAGCUCGGCGUCUGCGGGCGCACGGGCGCGGGCAAGAGCUCGCUCCUCUCGGCGCUGUCGCGGCUCCACGAGCUCGAGGGCGUCCUGUCCUUCGACGGCGUCGACACGGCGACGGUGCCGCUGCAGCGCCUCCGCCGCGCGCUCUCGUGCAUCCCGCAGGCGCCGAUCCUCUUCAGCGGGUCGCUGCGCUUCAACGUCGACCCCUUCGGCGAGCACGCCGACGACGACCUCCGAAACGUCGUCGCGCUCGCGAGCCUCGGCGACAAGGCCGCGAGCCUCGACGCCGCGGUCGCCGAGGGCGGCGAGAACUGGUCCGUCGGCGAGCGCCAGCUCCUCUGCCUCGCGCGCGCGGCGACGCUCCGGCGGAGCAUCGUCGCCAUCGACGAGGCCACGGCGAACAUCGACCACGCGACGGACGCGCGGAUCCAGUCCAUGCUCCGGACCCACGGCGCCUUCCGCGACGCGACGAUCCUGACCGUGGCGCACCGCAUCCGCACGAUCCGCGACAGCGACCUCGUCGUCGUCCUCGCCAAGGGCGCCGUCGCCGAGGUCGGCCCGCCCGAGGACCUCAUCGCCGCCAGGGGCAAGUUCUACGACAUGCUCCUGGCGAGCGCCGAGGCCUAA